AUGAAACUCCCUCGCAGCGUCACCCUUUACCUCUUUCUGCUAAUCCUUUGCGCGUACUUAACUGGCGCCGAAGACAUAGGCGGUGCCCCCAACAGUGAAGCCCCGAAUUACAGCAGACACCAUUUAAGGAAUGGAUUCCCGGGAAAGGAAGCUACCCUCCCGCAUGAGGAGCCAAACAGCUUGGAAGAAAAAAACGAGACUACCGACCAAUGUGAUACCAUUAACCACCGCGAAGUAACCGAGGAGGAAAAAAAAACAAUAGAACAGGAAAACGUGAAAGCACAGGAUGAUACAAAUAAUGCGACACAGACGCAAGGAGAAUUGCAAAAAGAAUUGCAAAAAGUCAAAACGGCAAAAGAAAAAGCAGUAGCCGCAGCUAAUGCUGCAGAAACUGCUAAAAACAACGCAGUGAACGCAGGAAAGGGAUUAGACGUAGCGAAGGAAGCCAUAGAAAAGGCAGAAGUAGCAGCUGCCGAAGCGAAAAAAGAAGCCGAUAUAGCAGAAAAGGCAGCAAACGACGCAGAGUCAACUGAAAAGAAAGAUAAUUUAGACGAAGUAAAAAAUCAACUGAAAAAAAAAACGGAAGCGGAAAUAGCCGUCGAGGUAGCAAAGGCUGAAGUGAUCAAAGCAGAAGUAAAAAAGGUAGCCCAAGACGCGGAAAACGAUGCAACGGAGGCUAAGAAGCAGGCAGAAAAGGCUAAGGCAGCAGCGGAAGAGGCAAAGACGCAAGAAGAAAAGGCAGAAAAGGCAGGAGAGUCGAUAAAAGCACAUUCAGAUGAAGCACAUCAAGAAAAUGAAAAAGCAAAGGAAGCUUCGGAAGAAGCAGAAAACAGAGCAGUGGAAACAUCGGAAGAAGCGUAUGCAGUGGAAGUACAGCUGGCAAGGAUCACAAAGGCAGCAGAGUCAGCCAAAAGUGAAACAGAUAUGAAGAAAUUAGAAGAGGCAAAGAAGGAAGCAAUAGAGGCAGCAGAUAGCGCCCAUCAAAAGUUGUUAAAAGCAACCGAGGCAGCUAACAUUGCAAAAGAAAAGAAGGCAGUUGCACAAGCAGCCGCUGAGAAGGCACAACAUGCAGCAACCGUUGCAAAAGAAAAGGCAACCAAGGCUGAAGCGAAAAAGGCAGCCAAGGAUGAAGCGAAAAAGGCAGCCAAGGAUGAAGCGAAGAAGGCGGAAACAGAAGCGCUAAAGGCAGCGGUAGAAGCGAAAGCUUUUGCGGAGGAAGCGAAAAAAGAGGCAGAAAAAGUAGGAGCAUCCAAGGAAUCACAAGAAACUAAAAAUAAAGUAAAUGUGGCAGCAGAAUCAGCAGAAAAUGAAGCAAAAAGUGCAGAAAAUGCCGCGGAGGAAGCUAAGCAAGCAGCCAAAAAAGCAAAUGACGCAACCGAGGCAGAUGUGGCAAGAGCAGAGGCAGACAAAGCAAUCGCCGCAGCGCAGAAGGCGAAGAGGGCGAGAGAAAAAGCAACUUACGGGCUCCUGAAAACGAAGAACCAGCAUGUACUAGAACUAUUAGACAUAUCGUCCGAGUCAGCCAAUAAUAUUACGAGCAAGGAGGAACAAGUGAUGGAAGAAGUGGAGGAGCCGGGAAAUGAGGAUAACGACGAAGCCGAGGUGGAAGAAGCAUUACCGAAGGAUUCUGAUGGACAGGAGGAAGACGUAAGCUUGGAGAUGGACGAUGGAGAAGAAGUGGAAGAAGUGGAAGAAGACGCAGCGUCGAAUCAACAAAACGGUGGUAAUCGUGAAAAGAGAAACGUUAUCGAUACUAUGGAUGAUACUAACGCAGAAAAGCAGUUUGGAAAUGAAUUGAACUCUUACAACGACAUUAAGAAGGUAACAGAAGCGCUGGUAAAAUCAAUGACAUCGUUAGUUUCAGAAGACCCCUCGAUUGGCGACACCAUAAAGGAGUUCCUCUCCGAUAUGAAUCACGUAUUUCUGAGUUGGUAA